AUGAUCGAUUACGCGCUCCCCCAUCAAAAUAUGCAUUACGAUCCGUACUACCCAUCUACUUCACCGGCGCCCGCGCGCCUUGACGAUUUCCAAGUUUUCAAGAAAGGAACUGCUUCUCACAUCUACGGAAAUUAUUAUUCUAACGCGCCCUACGACUUGUACCCAGAGCCCGAGAUUGACAGCGCCAUGAACGUGUACCACAACCUCGUCAGCUGUCGCGACUACCCUCGCGAUAACCGAGAUGACUGGAAGUACAAAGUCGUGGACGCCUGGAAUGAAGAUGACACCGUGUCCUGGAUGAUCGACACCGUCCAGUACUUGGGACAUUGUGAAACUGAAAUACCCUUCUACAAUUUUAGAGUUAAAGGAUUCGAUCUGAGAAAUAUGAAACGUGAGGAUGUGCUCAAUAGAAUGCUCCACCCGAGCAUCGACCACAUAACUUCGAGACGGAUUGCGGAUAGUGUGUAUGAGAAGCUGCAGAACCGUCUCCAUGAAGAAAUAUUACGCCAGUCCUCCAUAAUCAAAUAUGCAGACGUCGAUCCGUACCAUAGCCAAGAGUCCACCAACACGAUGCUCGAUUUGGAUUCCCUGGACCACAAGAACAGACUGUACACCUCCGACUACACCCCUAACGACAGCACUCUCCUGCAUCAAACUGACUCCAGCGAUGACACGGAGGACGUGUUCCGUUCCUCGGAGACUGCGUCCCCGGAGUGCUCGUACGGCAGUGAUGGAAGCAAAUCUGGAGACGAAGAUGACAAAAGGAAAAUAUUCAAAAGACCGCCCGGCAGGCCGAAAGGCAGUGGCCGAAGACCGAUGAAGCGUCCAAGGAGUGUGUCCGUGCCGGAGUUCCUGAGGAACUUGCUGCUGGAUUCCAAAUACUGCCCGUCAAUCAUCAAAUGGGAGGAUCACUCUCAGGGAAAGUUUAGGUUCGUGAAGCCAGACGAGGUGGCGAAACUGUGGGGCCACAUGAAGCAGAACGAGAACAUGACGUUCGAGAAGUUCAGCCGAGCCAUGAGGUACCACUACCGGCAGAUGGUGCUGGUGUCCGUGCCCACGGCGCGCCUCGUCUACCAGUUCGGCCACAAGGGACCCGACUUCAAGACCGACAACCCCAACUUUGUCAAAGUGAAAUCAGAAAAUGUUACCGAUAUGUCUUAUUCUUAG